AACUUAUCAUUUCCGAAUUAUCAUAUUCUUCGCAGCCGAACCGUUGACUGUUCAAAAUUAUAGAAAUUUGCAUCAUACUUCCAACAAAUAAAGAUGAAUUACCUGAUUCAGCGUGGCAGGAUGCGCCAACAGGCGAUUAAUGUUCCGGAGGGCCUGCCGGAACUCCUUUCAGAUGUUACACGAGAGGUGCUAAGAUGUCAGCCGAAGAAGGAGUGUCUCUGCCAGUUCAUCAUCGACUAUCUGCAUUCGUUGAUCGUGACCAGGGAAAAGGCUAUGGUUGCCAAGACCAUUUUGGACCGUUCUCUUCGCCAGGUGGACAGCAUAAUAUCGGACCUCUGUAUCUGCGACCUCUCCAAGGAGAAGUCCGAGUUGAUGGGCCAGGUUAUAGAGGACUGUUUCCGCAACUUCCUCGAGAAACGGCGCUGCGAGAUGCGGCGCGGCAAGCAGGCGAUCAACUUCGAGGAUGUGGACAUCCUGGAGGAGCUGCUGCAAAAGUGCAAGUUCACCGACGAGGAGCUGGUAAUGUCACGGCCGGCCAUCGAGAGUGCCUACAAGCGCUUCGUGGACGCCUAUAUGUCCGCUGAACGUGGAGCCGAUGGGACGGAGCUGUUAUAUCAGUACUUCCGGGACAGGGAGCUGAUGCGCAUCAAUGAGGCCAUGCGCACCCAGGCAGCCAUCACGAUCCAGUCGGCUUGGCGUGGAUACUGGGUUCGCCUCCAGUUCCCGCAAGAAGUUUGCGUCUGCGUCUGCGCAACGGAAAAAGUGGACAAUGAGGAGGAACUGCGCAGGGAAAAUGCAGCGAGCGUUCUUCAGAGAUUCUUCCGCAAGGUCAUGUUGCGCGUUGCUACCAAGCCAAUCGUAGACCCCUGUGCCGAACCCACGGAUCCCACCGAACUGGAGGCGACCUCUUCCCCGGAUACAGCAAGGGAUGGCUAUGAUGACGUAACUCUUGCGACAGCCCCGACAACUGGUCCAGGAACUGCUGCGAUGACUGCCGUUCCAACACCACCGGCAACAGCUACCGGAACUGCUCCCGGAACCGUGCCGCCAUCUGAACCGGGCACUGCUCCGGCCACGGCCAGAACUUCGGGCACCAAUUUAGCAGAGCCAGCAGCUCAGGAUGAGGCAGCGGAGGCCCAGCCAGCUGCAGAAGCUCCUGCAGCAGAGGCGCCUGCGGAUGAAGCACCACCUGCUCCAGCCGAGGAAGCUGCACCACCGCCCCCAGAAGAGGCUGCACCUGAAGCCGCCGCAGAAGCGGCACCACCUCCACCAGAAGAAGUGGCGGCACCACCGCCCGCGGAGGAGCCCGCUCCCGCAGAGGAGGCUGCUCCAGCCGCAGAAGAAGCUCCCCCAGAAGAGGCGGCCGAGUAGAUGAAACCUUGCUGUCUUUAUUAGUUUUGUCUUAGUUGUUAAAUUGAUGUUAUCUGCAAGUGAAUAAACUGAUCGAAAAGGG